AUGUUAAACUUUUCGCCACAGCAAGUGGCUCAAGUUUGCGAAACAUUAGAAGAUAGUGGUGACAUCGAACGGCUAGGUCGCUUCUUGUGGUCAUUGCCCGUUAACCCGGCAGCCUCGGAAGCCCUCAAUAAACAUGAAUCGAUUCUAAGGGCCCGUGCGAUUGUCGCCUAUCACACGGGCAAUUUUCGGGACUUGUACCACAUCGUCGAGAACAACCAAUUCACGAAGGACUCUCACGCCAAACUGCAGGCCAUGUGGCUAGAGGCCCAUUACCAAGAGGCGGAGAAGCUGCGAGGCAGACCGCUGGGUCCGGUGGACAAAUAUCGUGUCCGCAAGAAGUUUCCGCUGCCCAGAACGAUAUGGGACGGAGAGCAGAAAACCCACUGCUUUAAGGAAAGGACGCGUAACUUAUUGCGAGAAUGGUACCUUCAAGACCCGUACCCCAAUCCAACAAAGAAACGAGAAUUAGCACAGGCUACUGGCCUCACACCGACCCAGGUCGGCAACUGGUUUAAAAACAGAAGACAAAGAGACAGAGCGGCGGCGGCAAAAAACAGGUAA